GAUGCUGCGCUGUGGAGAUCAAGGCCCGACCAAGCUUCUCUCAAUGAAGCUAGGACCGGGGAUACCACGUCGAGCGUGUUGUCGCAAGGAUAAAGAUCUGAAAACCAGGUCGUUUCUGCCUUUGUUUCGAUCCUCCUCGUUCCUCACGUUUUCUAUCAGAUAGUCGUCACCAUGAGCAACAUCGUCACCGAGAAGCCGCCCUCAGCGUCGGAGAUCGAGGCACAGCCUGGCUCCAACGGCGGACAUGGCUACGAUGCCAGCGAGAAGGUUGACUACGACCGAAUGGGCGCCAUCGACGCCGAGAAGAUCGAACAUGACAUGACUGUGCUCCAGGCCGUCAGGGCCUAUCCCGCCGCCAGCUGGUGGGCGUUCGUCAUGUCCUGCACAAUCAUCAUGGAGUCGUACUGUGUUUUCUUGAUGGGACAGUUCGUGGCCACCGCUCAGUUCGCAAAGGAUUUCGGUGUUUUCAGCACAAAAAACAACGAGUGGAUCAUCGAAGCUUCAUGGCAAUCAGCCUUCCAGUGCAGCGGACCGGUCGGCGCCUUCAUCGGUGUCUUCAUCGCAGGUCCCAUUACCAGCUGGAUCGGAUAUCGAUGGGCAACCAUUGGCGGCCUCAUGUUCCUGAACGCCUUCAUCUUCAUCUUCUAUUUCGGCAACAGCCAAGGCAUGUUUUUCGCCGCCCAGAUCCUGGAGGGUAUCCCAUGGGGUAUUUUCAUUGCCAAUGCGCCCGCUUACUGUGCCGAGAUUGUGCCGCUGAGACUGAGAGCUCCGGCGACGCAGAUGUUGCAGAUGUUCUGGGCCAUCGGUUCGAUCAUUGUCGGUGGCAUCACGUACCACUACCAGUCCAGGAAUAACUCUACAGCAUACCGAAUUCCGAUCGCGCUCCAGUGGAUGUUCCCCACGCCUCUCGCGAUCCUGCUUUUCAUCGCGCCUGAAUCGCCAUGGUGGCUUGUGCGAAAGGGCCGUCUGGCCGAGGCAGAGAAGGCCGUCAAACGCCUUGGACACGCGAGGGCGCACGACAAUUCGUCCGACACCGUCGCGAUGAUGCGUCGUACGAUCGAGCUUGAGAAGACCGAGAAGAAGCCCAGUCUGGUUGAGCUGUUCAAGGGCACCGAUCGCUACCGCACGUUGAUCGUGUGCGGUGUGUACGCCUCUCAGAAUCUGACGGGCAAUCUCAUUGCCAACCAAGCGGUCUACUUUUUCAAACAGGCGGGCAUGGCAGACAACACCGCAUUUGCACUUGGUCUCAUCACCUCAGCCCUUCAGUGGAUAAUGGUCAUGCUCUCUUGGGUCCUCACCACAUACCUUGGACGUCGCACCAUCUACGUGUACGGCCAGUUCAUAAACUGUGGGUUCUUGAUCGCGCUCGGCAUUGCGGCCUCCUUCGGCACGAGCAAGGCGGCUAGCAAUGCGCAAGCAUCGCUUGGCUUGAUCGUCUCCGUCCUUUUCUGCUUGGGUCCCGCUCCUGCCUCAUGGGUCAUCAUCGGUGAGACCUCUUCCGUUCGGCUCAGACCGCUGACAACCGGUAUUGGACGUGGUGCCUACUACCUGGUCAACAUUCCUUGCAUCUUCCUGGCCAGCUACAUGCUCAACACCGACAAGUGGAACCUGGGCGGCAAGAGUGGCUACGUUUGGGCUGGCACCGCCCUCAUCUGCUCCGUCAUGUCGUGGAUCUGGAUUCCCGAGAUGAAGCACAGAUCCUUCCGAGAAAUUGACAUUCUGUUCCAGCGUCGUGUGCCGGCUCGCAAGUGGAAGCAGACGGUCGUUGACAUCAACGACGAUCAUUAGAUGGACAUCAAUUCUCAGACAGGCUUGAGCGGCCUCAUUUGUAGAGAAAUGAGAUGUAGAGGCGACGUUCGUGCCGCUUCCAGAGACUUUUUUCGGUCAUUCGAUGAGAUUUUUUUUGUUUCAAAAAACUGUCACUAUACAUAAGGUCAUGCUGAACUCUGU